GGAGGUUUUGGAGCUUUAGAUUGUUGGUGUGCCGGGGUCUCUUCGCGGAGCUCGGGACGUCCUGGGCUUGGCGGAAGCACGAGCCGGAUUUGGUUUUCUUUUGCCCAGCUCAGCUGCAGCGACGGCACGGUGCCCAGGUUUCCCGCCGCAGAGGAGCAGCUGGCCCAGGGUAGCCCGCGCUGACCAUCCGCCUGCUGCCCCCUUUGGCAGUCCGCCCGCCGCCAUGGCCGACCACCUGAUGCUCGCCGAGGGCUACCGCCUGGUGCAGAGGCCGCCUCCCACCGCGCCCGCCCACGGCCCUCAUGCGCUCCGGACUCUGCAGCCGUACGCGAGCUCGGGUCUGGACAGCGGGCUGCGACCGCGGGGGGCACCUCUGGGUCCGCCGCCGCCACCCGGGGCCCAGGCAUAUGGGGCCUUUGGGCCGCCGUCCUCCUUCCAGCCCUUUCCGGCGGUAACGCCGCCGGCCGCAGGCAGCGCGCACCUGCAGCCGGUGGCGACGAUGUACCCGGGCCGUGCGACCGGGCCUCCGGGACCCCUAGAAGGCCCCCCGGCCCUGCAGCCGUCGCCCGCCGCCGCCGCCCCGCCGCCAGCGCAAACCCUGGGCAGCAUGGACGCCGAACUCAUCGACGAGGAGGCGCUGACGUCGCUGGAGCUCGAGCUCGGGCUGCACCGCGUGCGCGAGCUGCCCGAGCUCUUCCUGGGCCAGAGCGAGUUCGACUGCUUCUCAGACUUGGGGUCAGCGCCGCCCGCCGGCUCGGUGAGCUGCUGAGCGCGGUAUGGGCCCGCUUGGCGCGCCCGAGGGGAGAAAGGGUAUCUGACUGCCUGCUGGACUCCGCACCCGCACCCCGCGAAGGAGCCCGGCAUCCACCCUCCGUGAGGUUGGAGACAGCGGGCUUGAACGCGGAGCCGGGCACCGACCUCCCUGGGACCCUGGUGUCCCUCCAGGCCCUGCCUCCUGCUGGAUGACAGUUUGGCUUCACUUCUGUGACCUGAGCCUUUGCGGUAAAGUGGAGGAGACUGGCCCAGCCUUCGGACUCCGGGUUCUUGGAUUCUGUGUUCUCUCUCUCCCCCCAACUCCCCCUCCGCCCCCCUCCACUCAAUCUGAGCCAUUGCAGGCCGCUGCCUGAUUUCCCCCUCUCUCCUCAUGCCUCUACCGGGACUGGGUACCCAGAGGCCCCAUCUACUGAGCCCCCGCUGCCUGCGCCCUGGCCUCCCACCUCAGGGAGGGGAAGACUACAUACAGCCCUACCCCGUGGAGCAGUGCCCCAUCUGGCCUCCAGAUCCAAAAUAAAACUGGGUCACUUUACAGUUUUGCCGUUUUCAUU